AUGUUGCAACGUCAGUUCCUAGACGAAAGAUGUACUCUGAAUGAUCCAGGAAGAAUCAGAGACGAACGAUGUUGCAUUGGUGACCUCCCGACGGCCGAAAGUGAAAUGAAAAGUCGAAGGAUCGAACCAUGUCAUCAACUGAAUUACAAAAAUGGAACGGUAUUAGGGGAUGAUUGUCCUACAGUUAAUGUUCUGAGAGAACGCAUAGGGAAUGAUGAAAAACCACCAUACUUCCCUCAGCCAGAAGAUAAUAUUCCUCCAAAAGCUGAAGGACCGAUGGGGCCAAUUGGUCCUUGGGCAACUGGUCGGCCUGUUUUUUCUCCCACGACAGGGAUGACUGGCAUACGACCUGUUGUUGAUCGUUAUUCUAUGACUCGAUAUACUCCUGCUCAAUGGAGAAUACACAAUCAAACGUUUUUUGAUCAAUCUACUAAAAUAAUCAAUAAUGCUCGAACAAUAACCAAGAACUUUAGACAGUCCAACAAUAAAAUUUAUAAAGAAACAGACAAAAAUCAACUGGAAAAUAGAGAUAAAUUAAGUAUACGAGCCAGCGAAAUUCAUCAUUUCAAAGCCCAACUCGAGCAAGCUAUUCUUGAGCUAACUGAUGAGAUUGAAUUGCUGGAAGGUGAACUCUGUCGCGUUAAACAAUCUCUUUCGAUCUUAAUAAUCCCAGAAAAUAUUUCUGGAGAAUUUUUACAACUGAGAUCUUUGAGGAUGGAGCCUGACCUGGUUCGUGAUAAAGUUGAAGAUGAAUUAGUAAAAGAAAUUGCUUUAUUAGCGGAAGUAAGAGCUUUACUCACCCAAAAACGUCAAUCCAUCGAAGAUCAACUAGUCGAGUUAAAAACUGCAAAGGCACGAGCAGAAUUCGACAUUACUGACAAAAUCGAUGCUUAUACAAUCGAAUCAGAGUGUGUCGGAUUAACUAAUGACUCUCCGUUGAUUAUGAUGAAGCCCGGAGCUACCAGAGUUUCAUCAGAGCAAUCAUGUCCUGAAGAAUAUAAAAAAUUCACUAAAGAAAAUUUAGAAUAUUGCGAAAAUGUCAGACAAAAAUCGAUUGCGCUUCGUCUCAAUUUAGAUGCCACUUACUUGAAAGCAGUAAAAGAUCUUCGUAGCCAAGCAAUUCAGGUAGAUGCUGUUUUAGCAGAAAAGGUAGACAUGACAGAACAAAUUUGUCAGGAGCUGGAAAAGGAAUUAGUAAAUUGUCUUAAUGAACUUACUGAUAUUGAGCAGUUGAUAGAAGAACUUCGAGGAGCUUCAAAAGGCUUGAAUGAUGCAAUGAAAGUGGCACAAUCACGUCUGGAUUAUCGUCUUCAACGAAAAAAUAUUGAAAGCUGUCGUGAUGUUCCUCAAUAUAGAUUGAUUGACGAGGUAAAAACGAUACAAGAAAAUUUAACAGCAAUGGCAGGUCAAUUGAAAAGUGCUGAGGAAACACAAGCAGAUCUGGUGAAAUCUCGUGGUGAUUUAGAACGUGAAAUAAUGGUGAAGAAAAAAAGUCUUUACAUAGACAGAGAUCGUGGACAAUUGCUUCGCUCAUACUACCCAUCCGCUGAAGCAUUGUCUGGCCACGUAUAAAUCCGACGUUCCGGCUCGACAACUGCCAAUGAAUUUUUAAUCCUUUUAGAAUUACCUUUUACA